GGACCGGCCCGCGGCCGGCGCCGAGCGCUCGCCGCCGCCGUGAGCGCCGCCGAACAUGUUCCUGGCAGGCGAGGCCAGGGGAGAUGCAGUGAGGCGCGGGGCACUUUUCCAACAGCUCCUCCGCCGGGAGAGCCAGUGGCACGGCGCGGCGCCGCAGCCCGCCGCUCUCCCGGCUCCCUGGAGGAGAAGCAGCCCGGGCGCCAUGCAGCGAGGCAGGGUGCGGGCGGCGCUGGCGGCGCUGCUGGCGCUGCUCUGCGCCGCGCUGCUCCCGCUCCGCCCGGAGGCCGCCAGGGCGCCCAAGCAGCGGCCGGCGCGGACCCGGAGCUGCGGCGAGCGGCCCGAGGAGCUGCUGGAGCAGCUGUACGGGCGGCUGGCGGCGGGCAUGCUCAGCGCCUUCCACCACACCCUGCAGCCCGAGCCGCCGGGCCGCCAGCACAACGCCAGCUGCCCCGCCGGGGCACGGCCGCCCGCAGACAAGAGGGUCCGGCUCCCCGUCAACCUGCGCAGCGCAUCGCCCUGGGCAUACAGGAUCUCCUAUGAUCCCACGAGAUACCCCAAGUACAUUCCCGAAGCCUACUGCCUGUGCAAAGGCUGCCUGAUGGGCAUCUUUGGCGAGGAGAGCUUGCACUUCCGCAGCACCCCGGUGUUCAUGCCCACGGUCAUCCUGCGCCGCACGCCCGCCUGCGCCGGGGGCCGCUACGUCUACACCGAGGAUUACAUCACCAUCCCCGUGGGCUGCACCUGCGUCCCUGAGCAGGAAAAGGAGGCAGAGAGCGCCAAUUCCAGCAUAGAUAAGCAAGAAGUGAAGUUAUUGGUGGGCCAGAACAAGCCCUCGUCGGAAUGAAGAAUGUAUUAGAAGUCAUGUUUCAGUGCUGGCCUCACAUCAUCAUCUCACCACCUCAGGACACUGCACUGCAGCAGCAAACACACUCAGUCACCCUCUUUUUCUGCUUAUCUGUUAUUUCAGAUAUAAGAUGGAUCAUUAGAGAUGGCAACUCAUUCAAAUUCUUUAGUUCAUGUAAACUUGUUUAGUUCAUUUUUGCAAACUCCAUAGUAGGCGCUUUUUUUUUUUCCUUAGAGCAGAAGAUUUUAUCUUUGCUUAUUCACGGUAAAUUUUAGAAGAUGAUGCAACUGUAAGACAUGGUAGCUACUACUAUAGCAGGCUACUGGUUGUAGAUAUUUUUAAGGAAUCUCUUAUAUUCUACUUUAUGUACCCUUAUAUAAAAAUCACAUAGCUGCCUACAAAUCAGCAGUUAAAAGGAUAAUUUCUCAUGCUGGGAGAGCCUCUCUUUAUACUGCAUAAACUCCAAGCUUUGCCUCUGAGCUGUUAACUCUGGCUAAUUGAAACACUAAAGCAAGGAAACCUUUGGUUUCAUGAAGCAAUUUUCUAUGUACUUGCUAUUUUUAAACUUGCCAAAUUGCUAAGGGUACAAAGCUGUUGAGAAAAAAUAUGCUAGAAUAUUGUAAAAAUGCAGCAGACUUUCUUGAUGUGGACUAAAUCUAUUUACACAGAAAAUAUCUAUUAGAAAAAACACAGUUUGGGUCCCAGUAAUUCUGUAUUUGAUUUCAUCUAUCACUGACUGCUUAACUUCCUUGUGAUAAAACUGUUCCAUGCGGCUGAAAGGCCAAAACCUUUUUUCAUUUUAGGAGAGGAGAUUCUCCGUUAAAAAGUAAGUACAAAGAAUCGGCUUCACCUCAGGUGCACUGCAGGUGAACAAGCAGGCCAGGUCUUAACUUCCAGAUCCUACAAGAGGUGGCUGAGUUGAGUCCCAGCCAAUCCAAACUUGUUAAAUCCAAUUGAUUUUUGCAAUUACUGUAACUCCUUUCUCCUUAUGCUACAUAUGACAGAUGAUCACCUGCGAAAGCUGAUACUCUGUGGAUGGGCAGCCUUCCAUCUGUGCAGCCUACUGCUGAUGGAACUUGAUGGCAGGCCCUCACCAGAAACCCUGCAUACACAAAAACUUGCAUUUCCAGAACAGGAGACUGAAUUCAGCCUAGUGAAUGAGAAUCAGGAAUGACCAGGCAUGCCUUGCACAAACAUAAUUCCUCAGAGGGCCACAUUCACCAAAAUGGAUAACCUCUGAAUGCACAGCGGAGAAUCUUUCCCAGCUGAAAGGUCAUGACUGCAGUAUGUUUACAGAGUAAACAUCAUGCAGCAAUGUGUCUGCUACAUCAUGAGUCUCAACAUUUGCCUUAGUUCAUAGCAGAGGAAGCCCCUACACUACAUAAAUACACUCUUCUUUAGAGUGUUGUUGGAUGAAGAAUGGAAAGACUAUGAGCUAAUCACAAUCAAGUUGAUUCUGUAACAGAAUGUCAUAUGACAACUGUGUCUUGAUGCAUAAUUAUUUGACUGUGCUCUCUCUGACUCAGUCUAGCAUAACAGUAUUUUUACAGUGCAAUGUGUAAAACUUCUUACAAAGGCUAAAAUAACUUUAGAACUCAAAAAAUGAAUAAAGAUUCCCAUCAUUAUGUUA